UUGUCUCAAGCGAGCUUCUCCGGGACGGCAUCGUUGCUUCGCCAUGCAAACAGAGAAAAAUCCAUUCUGUCACAUUGACGGAUAUUUUCUCUCCUUGGCCAGUCACGUGGUCCCCCAAGCUCAAGUCUCUGGAAGUUCCAUCGCCGUCAAAUGUUAGGCUCGUUCAGUCUCCAAAGGACGGGAUCCAAAGGAAAGACUGCCAAGAUGGGGCAACACUACUGUGACUACUGCGACGUCUUCUUAACGCACGACAGCACCUCCGUGCGCAAGGACCACAACAAGGGUCGCAACCACCUGCAAAACGUGCGAGACUACUACCUCUCCCUGGACCCUGCGCAGCUCGAUAUGAUCCACCGCGGUGUGCUCAAGGAGUACGACAUCAGAGGAUUACCCCACCCUUUGCCGCCCCAGCCUUCGUACGGUGGUCCUGGUGGUGGUGGAGGGUAUCAACGUGGACCGGGAUUCCAGGGAGGAGGAGGGAUGAUGGGUGGGGGUGGAUAUGGGAGACCACCCAUGCCGCCUGGAGGAGGCUUUCAGCAAGGAGGAGGAUUCGCGAGACCACCGCCACCGAUGGGCAUGGGAGGGCCGCCAGGAGGAUCGCCAGGGAACAUGCACAACCGGCCACCGCCCAACAUGAACGGAGUGGGAGGGCCCCCGCCGCCAAUGGGUGCAGCGCCAGGAUCGGCAGGACCACCACCGCCGCUCGGCGGAGCAGGUGGGCCCGUUCCACUGGGGAUGCGAGGACCACCGCCGGGAUAUGGCGUGCCACCUCCAGGCUUCCAGCGCUGAAGACCGUGCCGUCAGCGUUCUUGUUACUGUACAUUAGACAUCAAUCACAGACACUAAUCUCUAUGAUAAAACAAGC